AAGUAGAAGAAAAAAGGAAGGAAGGAAGGAGAGAGAGAAAGAGAAGAGAUUUUCUUUCUCAUUUUAACCGAGCUGCUAUACCGAUUCAAAUUUAGAAGUCGGUAUAGAAACGAGACGAGUAUAUCGAUUACGACGAACAUAAACCAAUUUCGUAAACUUCACUUCCGUCUCUCUAAGACGACGACGUGGCUUCUGCUCUUGUCGGAGCGGCUUCGCCAACCGCGAACGAUAUAUGUUCCUGCCACACAUAUUUUCCUUUUUCAUUUUUUUUUUAUUUUCUUCUUUUUUUUCUUUUUUUCUUUUUCUUUUUGUUUGUUUAUCUUUCUUUUCGUCAUUCAUUAGUCAAAUAAAGAGUCCGUGAUAUUUAAUUAUUUGCUUUUUAUUAAGAUAAGUGUGUUAAAUAUUAUUGAACGAAAAAAAGAAAAAAUAGGAAGAGAAAAAAGGGGAAGAGAGAGAAAGGAUAAAAAGGAAGAAGGGAGAUUACCGUAUUCACAUAUUGAGACGAUGCCCACGAAUGUGCUAUAGCUUGCAAGAAGUGCAAUGUCCUCCUUUAAGGAUGCAGCAGCAGAAGCAGCAGCAACAGCAGCAGCAGCAGCAACAGCAGCAGGAGGAGGUGCGAAGCGAACACUGUAUAAAAAUUAAAAGGAGUAGAAAGAAAGAUUUUCUUCGUCGAGGACUUGAAUCGUCGAACAGUACGCGUUGAAGUUAAAGCGGGGGCGGUAACUCUGAUGUUCAUCGGCUUUUUUAUACGGGACAGCCACUCCUAUCAUUGAGAUCCAAUGAUCUCUGAAGAAGACUUUCUUGUAUUUCGUAUAUAAGUUUUGUGUUUUACAGUGUUCAUUAUUAUUCGUUUCCUUAUUUUUUUUUUUUCUUUUUUUUCUUUUUGUUCAAAAUAAAAAAAAUUUUUUCUUUUUUUUUUUCUUUUUCUGAUAAACAAGAUAAGAAAAAGAGACAGAAUUGAAAAAAAUAAACAUUGAAUGAAAAUGCAAUAAAUAAUAAUUGCAGAUUUUGUUGCAAUUGUGUUCAUAGUGAUCUACUUAAAUAUAUGCUAUAUAUAUAUAUAUAUAUAUAUAUAUAUACACACACACAUAUCUAUGCACAUUACUGCCUAUAUCUUCUUCAUAAUGUCGUUCGCCGUGGACUGCAUCAAUUUUGCUCUUCUACUGAUCUGCUCUCGUGUCUUUCAUCUCGCUCUUGGAAUCGGUGCGCAGUAUUAUAAGGCCCAAUUGGACGCGCACUUGAAGUUACAUGGUGAAAAAUCAUUAACAGAGGAAGUGCGAAAGUGUAAGCUUUGCAAUAAACAAUUUGUUCAGCCUGCUUUAUAUAGACUUCAUAUUCGUGAACAUUAUAAGCUACAGACGAAGAUAGUCAAGCAGACGAAAAAAGGAACGAAACAUAAGAUUAUGUAUAAGUGUACGAUAUGUUUGAAGUCGUUUCAAAAACCUAGUCAGCUAAUGCGUCAUAUUAGAGUUCAUACAGGAGAGAAGCCUUUUAAAUGUACCGUAUGUAAUCGCGCAUUUACUCAGAAAGGUUCUUUACAAAUUCAUAUGUGGCAACAUGAUGGUAUCAGACCUCAUAUUUGUACUCUUUGCAAUGCUAGAUUCAGUCAGAAAGGAAAUCUAAAUGCCCACAUUUUAAGGGUACACAGUGCACCAGAAGGAGAAUCCAUUUAUGGAUGUAGUUAUUGUCCUUGUAUUUUUAAAAAGCUUGGCAGUCUUAAUGGUCAUAUGAAAAGAAUGCAUUCGAAUUUGCCAGAAGAAACAACAUCGAAAUGCGAAAGUUCUACAGAGGCUGAUAUGCGAGCUACAGUUGAUAGUGUCAUAUCACAGUUAGCAUCCUUGGAAUCUGGAAUUGCUAAUGUAGCAAAUUCUACUCAAUCUGAAACUACGACUGAAAAUAGAAAUGAUAUUUUACAGGAAGCAUUAAAUAAUAGUGGAUUGCCUAGUAAAGAGAAAAAUCUUUCUAAUGAAACAAUGGACUCAAAAAAAGUAGAAGCAAAAACAACAUAUGUUACGUUGUUAGAUAGAGCUCCUGACGGCACAAUGAGAAAAUAUUUAACAAUAAAGCAGCGAUGUAUAGGAAAUAUACGAUGGUAUGCAUGUUCUUUCUGUCACAAAGAAUUUAAGAAACCAUCAGAUUUAAUACGUCAUUUAAGAGUACAUACUCAAGAAAAACCAUUUAAGUGUUCUUAUUGCUUUCGCUCGUUUGCAUUAAAAUCAACAAUGAUUGCACACGAACGUACUCACACUGGUACAAAGAAGUAUGCCUGUGGUUCGUGCGAUAAAACGUUCGCGUGUCAUAGUAGUCUUACCACUCAUACGAGAUUACAUACAAAACCGCACAAAUGCACUGUAUGUGAUAAAUCGUUUAGUUCUAGCGCUGUUUUAAAAAGUCACAUGAAAAGUCAUUCAAAAGGAAAAUCAAAUAUCUCGCCAGAAGCAGAAAGUUUAGUACCACAAAUCAUUUUACAGGAACCAUUAGUUAUUAGCGAUGCGGGUAAUAAGAUCAGUGUGGCGCAUGUACAAUCAAAACAAAAACAUGUUUAUGAUAGUGCAGAUGUUGCAAGACCACACAAAUGUUGGAUAUGUCAUGCAGCAUUUAGGAAAAUUAGUCAUUUAAAGCAACACCAUCGUCGGCAUACUGGAGAACGUCCUUUCAAAUGUCCUAAGUGCGAUAGAAGAUUUACGUCUAAUAGCGUUCUUAAGUCACAUUUGCAUACACAUGAUGAUGCAAGACCAUACAGUUGUACUGUAUGUAACACUAAGUUUUCUACACAAAGCAGUAUGAAGAGACAUUUGGUUACUCAUAGUAACAAAAGACCAUUCAUGUGUCCUUAUUGUCAUAAAACAUUCAAAACUUCUGUUAAUUGCAGAAAACAUAUGAAGAUACAUAAACAUGAACUUGCACAAAGACAAUUAGAACAACAGAAAAAACAACAACAAAUUAAGGAUGUACCAAAGACAUUAAAUAAGGAUAAGGGAACUAUUUUACCAGAGAAUAUAGCACUGUCAGAGGAAAUGGAAGUAUCAUUCCAACCGCAAAUGGCACCCGAUUUUGCAUUAGCUUUUUCUGAUCAAUUUCAAAAUAUAACGGAAAAAGAAAAAACAUUUUUAACAACAGACAGGACACAACCGGUUAUUAAUUCAAAUUUAUCUACAAAUUUACCUACAAUAGAAACAAAUAAUUUACCAACAUCACAAACUUUAAAUACCGACGAAACAGCCACUAUUACAAUUCCUAAUUAUACAGGGGAUCAAUCGCUUACGCCUGAAAGUAUACGUGAGAUAGAAGAAACUUUCAAUCAACAAUUGUUUAAUAUUGGAAUGAAUCUUGGUUUGGGAAAUAAUCUCCCAAGACCUAUAGAUGAUACAAAUACAAAUACUCUUGAACAAAGGGAACAACCUGUAUUAAAUAUUAUUUAUGAUAAUAAUAAAAAUUUAGAGUCAUCCGCAAAUACAAUGUUCACAUCACAAUUUGACUCAUUUGAUAUUAGUCAGAUUACAUUACAACCUGAUACUGAAAUAGACAUUGGACUUAAUACAGAAAAUUCUGAAAAUAUGGCAAAUAUUUUAACUAGAUCUAUACAAGAGAGACAAGAAAUAAAUACUAUCACUAUUGAAAAUAAUACAAAUGACAAUCAUAUUAAAACACCAAAACAAUUAAUGAUAUUGGGACCCAAACAAACUGGAUCUGAAACUGCUGUAAAACUGCCACAGUCUUGUCCAAGAUAUCCAAAAGUUAUAGCUAAAGCAGAUACAACAGAUACAACAGAUAUCGAAAUCAUGAAUUUAACAAAUAGUACAGAAAUACAAAUGAUAAAUGAUUGUAAUAAAAAACAUCAAGAAAACAUCGUAUGUCACGAACAUGGAAAUAAUACUUUACAUUUAAAAUGUGAUUUAAACAACGAAAAUUUUCAAGAUACAUUACAAUUAAAUGCUCAUUCAAAGUUACAUUCUCCGUCAAACAUCAUUUAUACAGAUAUUAAUGGAUGUAGCAGUCAAUGUGAUUCUUUACUUCAGUGUCAUAUAUGCAGUGAACAAGGCUUUACUACAGAAGAAUUAAAGGAACAUUUGCAAACUCACCGCGGAAUAAAGGGCUUCCAAUGUACAGAAUGUUCUCUUAAGUUCUGUACUAGUGGUGGACUUAGUAGACAUUUAAAAUUACAUAAAAGUAAAGAACAAUGGAAGUGUACAAUCUGUCAACAAGUUUUUGUUAGCAAAGCCCAAUUGAAAUCUCAUAACAAAAUGCAUGAUAAUAGCCUUAAUGGAAGCUCGUUAGAAUCAGACAAAUUGCAAAAAGAAAAUAUUUCUAUUAAUAAAACUAUUUCUAUUGAUUCUACUUCAAAUAAUAAAAUUUCUUUUGAUAGUAAAACUCUAUCAAAUAAAUCUGUCAAAUUGGAUGACAAGAUUUCUUUAAACGAUAAAAUGGGCAAUGAUUCGUCAGUGUCAGAAAAAGUUCUUUUAGAUACAGUAGCAGAAAAAAAGAUCAUGGAUCAAAUAGAUGGUAGUGCAGAAAAAAAAGAAACAAAACAGUAUAUCAAUAAAUGUAAAUACUGUCCGAAAACAUUUCGCAAACCAAGCGAUCUUAUAAGACACAUUCGAACACAUACUGGCGAACGACCGUACAAGUGCGAUCAUUGCAGUAAAAGCUUUGCAGUGAAAUGUACAUUGGAUUCUCAUAUGAAAGUUCAUAGCGGCAAGAAGACGUUUUGUUGUCAUGUUUGCAAUAGUCUAUUUGCUACAAAGGGUAGUUUAAAGGUUCAUAUGCGAUUACAUACUGGUUCUAAACCAUUUAGAUGUUCGAUUUGUGAUUUAAGAUUUCGAACUUCAGGUCACAGGAAAGUACAUUUAUUGAAACAUGUGAGACAGCACAAAGGUACCACUAAACGAAAACAAAAGCACAUGAAAGUUUCAGCCGUAACUGAGGCAACCCUUGAUUUAGAAAAGUCGAUUGAAGGUGUAGUGCAUUUAGUAACAACUGAUAAUGAUGUAUCUACAUCAUCAAAUGUUGAUUACUCAAACCUUGACACAAUUAGCAUUGAUACUAAUAACUUAGUCAAUCAGAUUAAUUUGAAUAACGAUGCAAUGAUAUUGAAUAAUAAUUCAAUUGUGUCAUUAAAUGAGAAUAAUCAAUUAGUAGCAAAUUUGCAUUUCUUAUUAGCAAAUGGAUUUGUUACCAUUCAAACGGAUGAUACUUCACCAUCACCAACAACAGCUGCGGCAGCACCACCACCGCUAGUACCUAUUUCUGAUGCAAAUAUUAUUCAGAAUGAGACUAAAUUACCAGAAUUUGUUAAUACUGCACCUAUACAGGAAUCUUAUAUUGACACAGGUACUAAACACGUUGUUAUUACAAAUGAAACAUCAACAAGGGAAGCCCUUCCAACCACUCAUGUUUCAACAGAUUCAAAUAAUGAUAUGAGUAUAACACAGUUAGAAUAUACAAAUGCUACAACAAAUAAAACACAUGAAACAAUAAAGAAACAAACAAAUAAGAGCAAUUCAUCAAAACAGAGAGCAUGUGAUAUUUGUGGAAAAACAUUUAUGAAGCCAUAUCAAGUAGAGAGACACAAACGAAUUCACACAGGUGAACGUCCAUUUAAGUGCGAAUUAUGUACAAAAUCAUUUGCUCAAAAGGCAACAUUACAAAUGCAUCAGAAACAUCAUACAGGUGAUCGACCACAUGCUUGCCCAUGCUGCGAAUUUACUUUUUCACAAAGAGGAAAUUUACGAACACAUUUAAGACGUGUUCAUCGAUUGGAUCUUAUCAGUGCUAAAAAGUUGAAAACAAGUCAACAAGUUUUAAGUGCUAAACUAAUACAAAAUAAUAUAGGUGAAACAAAGAUUCUAAGUUUAGAUGAUAUUGCCUUUGUCCAGUUUGUAAAAUAACUUUUAAGAUAGAAUAAUAUUUUAAAAAUGCUAAAUACGCUUAAAAUCCUGAAUACUGUCUGAGAAAUCAGAUAUAUUACUUUUCACUGCUUUAAUCAUGAAAGAUUAAAAAAAAAAAAAAAAAAAAAAAAAAAAAAAAAAAAAAAAAAAAAAAAAAGAAAGAAAGAAAAAAAGAAAAAAAAAGAAAAAAAAAGAGAAAAAAAAAGAAAAAAAAUAUCAGACUGAUCUCUCUGUGUCUUUGCAUUGAGAAAUUUUUUGAAACUCUGUGAUGUAUAUAUUAUGUACAUUGAUAACACUAAAAUAGUAAAGUUAUAUUCUGUGGUUUAUUAGAAUUCUUUAUAUUAUUGAGAGUCAGUUAUUAUUUUAAGUGUUCUAACUCUAAACCUAUUUGGUAUUACUAAGAAGCAAAAAACUUUCUUUGAUAAGUUAUAUUAUCUUUAUUUGAUACGUAAAAAUAUGACUUGUACAUAAGUUACUACUGUUUGUAAUAAAAUAUGUCAUUAUAGAAUUAAACUUAGCAUUUAUGUGUGAAAAUUUUUGAGGCAUAAAUGAUUAAAAAAUAAAUAAAAUUAAUGUUUAAAAUUGCAUUUAAUUGCAAUGUUUGGACAACCAUCAGGAUGAUUUUCAUGAAACCAACAAGGUUUUACUUUUACUGGAUGUGUAGUAAUAGUUUUUCGUUUUUUUUUAAUAUUAAUAGGUGUAAUUCCAGGUAUUCUAAACUGUACUCUUCCUUGAAUUACAGAAAAUAUGUGACCAUUA